AUUGGUCGAGUGCGGGUGUGUCGCGGCCGUCGAUUUGAAUUGCGUCGGCGGCAUUGUUUAUAAAAAUCUGUUCACCAAGAAGCGUUGCGUCGCGUGUGCUUUGAUUGUGUUCAAAAUAAGAAUUUCGUGCGCGAGUGUGUAUUUUGAAAUGCCGCUAAAUUACAACUAAUUAAAAAAGCAUGAAUAUUGGGAAGAACGCACACAAUGUUAAAAUCGUGCAAUAGCAAAGCAAAAGAAACAAGUGACGGACUGCAAGGAGAGGCGCACUAAACGCAAAACGCAAAAUAAGUGCGAGCGUCACCUUUUUCACCUCCGCCGCCCUACCCAACAAAAGCAGCAACAAUUACGCCGUCGCCGGCAUUGCCACAACGGUAAAACGAGCAAAACAACACUAUAAACUACAAACAAAAAAACCAAAACAACACUGCGAGAGAGAGAGGAAAAAGCGCAACGGCCACAUUCCAAGCGACAGAGGCCCCCAAAGCUUAGGUCAGCCUGCCAGCAGCUGCUGUCUCGCUCGCACUUUCGCUCGGUUGCAGCAUCUCAGAGUGGAAAAGACAUUCAAUUGCAACUAUGACUAGCCUAAAAGCUCACAAAAUGAAGUGGACACUGACCGUGCUGUUAAUCUGCCUGACAUCGGAGAUCGUAAGCUCUGAAACGAAUUUGCCCCCCGUCUUUACACAGACUCUCAACAACAUUGUGCUUUACGAGAAUGUACCCGUGGGCACUGUUGUCUUUCGCCUAGAGGGCUACGAUCCCGAGGGCAGCAAUGUGACGUUCAGCUCGAUUGGUUCGGAUCACUUUAGCGUUGAUGCUGUUUCGGGCAAUAUAACGCUAAUAAAGCCAUUGGAUCGCGAGGAAACGGAUAGUUUGACCUUUUUGGUAACCAUCAGAGAUCGCGUGGAUCCAGCGGGUGAAUCGGAACAGGACAAUGUUGUGGAGCAGCCCAUAACAUUCAUCAUUCUCGAUGAGAACGAUAAUCCGCCCGAAUUCCAGGAUACUCCUUAUGAAGCCGAUGUAAACGAAGAUGCCGUUGUGGGCACAACAAUAUUCGACAAAAUAUUGGUCAAGGAUCGCGACACAAUUGGUGAAAGUUUAGAUCUCAAAUGCCUGCCGCAGCAGCAAAGUCCUGAAGCUUGUACCAAAUUCCGGCUUAAGCUGCUAACCCGUGAGGCGACUGUGCUAACUGCGGCCGUUGUGCUCAACGAAACACUCAAUUACAAUCAGCGCAUGAUCUAUCAUUUUCAAAUCGAGGCCACUGAUGGCGUUCAUAAGACACAAACCACUUUUGAAGCACGUGUCAAGGAUGUACAGGACAAGCCGCCCGUCUUCCAAGGAUCACUAUCGACCGUCAUCGACGAGGACAGUCCGAUUAACACGCUGGUGCUAACAGUUCAUGCUCGCGAUGGCGACACUGGAGAACCACGAAAGAUUGUCUACGAUUUGCUGAGCAACCCCAACGAUUACUUUCUGCUGAACUCACAAAGCGGCGAACUGCGUACAGCUAAACCUUUGGAUCGUGAGGCUUUGACUGACUCCACGGGCCUCAUUCCAUUACUGAUUCGUGCCCGUGAACUUGUGAAUGGUGUGCCCAGCGAUGAUCCCUUAACUAGUGCAACGGCUAGAGCUACUGUCACGAUACGCGAUGUCAACGAUUCGCCACCCACUUUCAACAAAAAAGAGUAUGAGGUGGCGCUGCUUGAGAAUACGCCAGAAGGAACUCCACUAGCGCUCGAUAUGAGUGUCAGCGAUGCGGAUGUGGGAAUUAAUUCCAAGUUUUCUCUGCGCUUGGAGGAUGUGUCGGGUGUGUUUGACGUGGAGCCCAAACUGGUCACGGGUUACUCGCAGGUCAACAUACGCGUAGCCAACGGCACACUAGACUAUGAGAAUCCCAAUCAACGCAAGUUCAUUGUCCUGGUGGUGGCCGAGGAGACGGACACCAAUCCCAAGCUCUCGUCAACGGCGACCAUUACUGUGAGUGUGCUGGAUGCCAACGACAAUAAGCCCAGCUUCGAGCAAGAAAGCUACUCGGCCACAAUCUCGGAGGCAGCUCUGCCCGGACAAUACAUCACAACGAUUACCGCCAAGGACGUGGACUCCGGCAGCUUUGGAGAUGGCGGCAUACGGUAUAGUCUGUCCGGCACCGGGGCCGAGCUGUUUCAUGUCAACGAGCAAACGGGCGUCAUUACCUUGGCCGAUUGUCAAGCAGAACAGCGCAACAGGCGCCAGCGACGUGACCUCCAUGAAAAUGAUAGCGAUGCUCACGCACUUGAAAUGCUCUCCAUGCCGCAGCACCUCAACUCUGAGUUGCGAGAGAUUAACACAGAGCCCACCGUGCAAUAUACGUUAAUCUCGCAAACGCCGUCCCAGCCUGUGGCAGACAUAAGCGCUGCCAAUGCCGCUGCCGCCGUUGCAGCAACAUCAACUACUAAUGACGACAAAGCCGCCAGCAGCAAGGCGCCCUCGACGUGUCUUGACUAUGAAACGGAGACCACGUAUUUCUUGUCAUACAAGGCCACAGAUGACAAUGGCCAGGGUCAGACGUCCGUGGUGUCGCUGCGCAUUUCAGUGAGCGAUGCGAACGAUUCGCCGCCAGUAUGCGAGAGUCCGUUGUAUCGCGCCAGUGUGGAUGAGGGAGCUUUGGUGUUCGAUUCACCUUUAAUAGUGAAAGCACGUGAUGCGGACACAAUGUCCAGCAUUAGCUAUAGGAUCAUUGGCUCGCCACAGAUAGAAAGCAUUUUCGACAUUGACAAGCAGAGUGGACAGAUUAAUAUACGACCAAAUGCGAGCCUGGAUGUGACGAAUCUGAACAGUGAACAGCUUAUUUUUGUGGUUGAAGCCAACGAUGGACUAUUCACAGCGAACUGCGGUGUCAACAUCACUGUGCGCGAUGUAAACAAUCAUGUGCCAAGUUUCUUGCAACACAACUAUAGCGCUGUGGUCGAGGAGAACUCUGAGAUUGGAACCAGUGUGGAGAAGCUGCAGGCCACCGAUCUGGAUACCGGCAAAAAUGCCGAGCUACGCUAUCGCAUUCAACAGGGCAGCUUCGAUGACUUUGGCAUUGAUGAGCGCACCGGCGAAGUGUUUGUGUCCCGCAAACUCGACUACGACAGACGCAACACGUAUCAGCUGCAGGUGCAGGCCGCUGAUCUGGGCACACCCAGUUUGACAGGCACCGCCACGCUGACAAUUAAUGUGCAGAACAGCAAUGACAAGGAUCCCUACUUUGUGCCCGCCACACAGCAUGCCGAGGUGAGAGCAGAUGCAGACACUGGCCACCUGGUGCACACAUUGAUUGCUCUCGAUCCCGAUGUGGCCACACAUAAUGCUCUGGAGUUUGCUGCCACCGACGACAUCACGGCCAUUGACAAAGAGGGCAAGGAAUUGCCGCACAGCGAACAGUUCAAAGAGUACUUUGCCAUCACUCGUAAUGGUAAAGUGCUGGUCAAUCGCCAGCUGGAUCGCAAUCUCUUCGCCGUAAUGCGUCUCAACGUACUCGUCACGGAUAGCACAGCACCCAAUGUACAGCAGGGACGCGGUCUGCUCAUCAUACAGAUUAUCGACGUGAAUAAAAUACCACCGAGAUUCAAUGCACCCUGGAGUCCCGAGCAACCGGUGAUUAAACUGCAAAUGGUCGAGGAGCAACCGGUGGGCACGGUGCUGACUACAUUGCAGGCCAGCGAUGAGGAUUCCAGCAUUGGUGAAUUCAACAUAACGACCAACGAUUACUUUGACAUCAACUCCACCACGGGCGUCAUCUACACCACGUCUCGAUUGGACUACGAGCUGGUCAAGGAGGUCAAGUUCAUGGUUACGGUCAGCGAUACGGGUGUGCCAGCACUGACGGCAACAGCAGACAUUGUUGUGGACAUCAUCAAUCUGAAUGACAAUGAACCACACUUCAGUCAGUCGGAGUACUACUUCAACAUCACCGAGAACUCGCCACGCGGCACUGUUGCCGGCAAAGUGGAGGCACACGAUGGCGAUGUGGGCGCCUUUGGGGAGCUCACAUACUCGUUGAUUGGUGAGAACAACAAGUACUUCAGCAUCGAUGCCUAUACGGGCAAUGUGAUGGUGGCCAAUGCGUCUAUACUAGAUCGAGAGCAACUAAAGGAGCUCACGCUGUCUGUUGUCGCACAAGAUAAAGCCCCGGCCACUGUGCAAAAGUCUGCCACGGCAACGAUUCACAUCAACAUUCUGGACGUUAACGACAAUGCUCCUGUGUUUACACGCUCCACUUACAACUCGACUGUGUCGGAGAAUGCCGCGUUUCAACCGCCGGCUGCAUUGCUUCAGGUGCAGGCGACUGACCUAGACGAGGGACUUUAUGGCGAUGUGCGUUAUAUUAUCAUCGCAGGCAAUGAAAUGGCGCUGUUCAAACUGGAUGCCCAGUCGGGAAUCAUCUAUCCGGCCCAGAAUUUGUCCGGCAAACAUGGCAACUACGAACUAUUAAUUUCUGCAAGGGACACCCAGGGAUCGGGCACCAUGGAGAGCACAGCCAAGGCACUAAUCACUGUGCUACGAGUGAAUCGCCAUCGUCCAGAGUUUGUUAUCCCAGCCCUAUCGAAUGCCACCAUCGAAAUUCCAGGCGAUAUUGUGCAACCCGAUUAUUUGUUGCUUACGGUGAAGGCGCAGGAUAAUGACACCGAUGGCGGUGGCAGAAUCAGUUAUCAUCUCCAGGUGAACAAUCUUAACGUGCAGGAGACCACAGAGUUCAAGAUCGACGAGGAUACCGGUGAAUUGCGGGCCAGGCAGCAGCUCAAUCGCAAAAAUCGCGCCAACUAUGAUAUUAUUUUGGUAGCACGUGAUUCGGGUAAUCCGCCCUUUGAGUCACUUCGUCUGCUCACGGUGAGCAUUGUGGAUGCCAACGAGAAUCGUCCCGAAUUCCCAGAUGCCGCCAAUCCCUACAAGGUGUCGAUCAAUGAGAACAGUGCACGUGAUGUGAAAGUAGGACACAUUCAGGCUGCGUCUCGGAGCAAACACAAUCGAGACAUCUUCUACUACAUGCUGCUGGGCAACGAGGAUGGCGCCUUCUAUGUUGACAAACUGACCGGCGAUAUUUUCACGAAUAAGAGUUUGGAUCGUGAACAGACCGAUGCUUAUACACUAUACAUAUUGGCCAGCAUCAAGUCGGAUUUGGAUAUUUCGGAAGAGGAGCGCGCGUCUUUCUCCAUUAAGACUUUGAGUCGAGAUAAUACUGUUGCCAAAGUGCUGAUCACAGUGUUGGAUGAAAAUGAUAAUCCGCCUGUGUUUGAGAAGUCCAUUUACUAUGCCGGUGUCAAUGCCAAUGCCAAAAUGAAUGCGGCCAUAACACUGGUCAAUGCCACAGACGCGGAUCAGGGCAAGAAUGCCAAGUUCGAGUACAUGAUUGUUGCCUCCAAUCUUUACAAGUUUGGUGCCAGCAAAUCGACAGGUUCGAUUGUGCCCAGUCCGUUUGCCAUAUCCCAGGAUGGUCGAAUAACGGCCAACACCAUUAUGGCCGAGUACAAUCAGGAUCGCUUUGAACUGGAGAUCGUGGCACGCGAACUGGAGCAGCCACAGCGCUCCGCCAACACCAAAGUCAAUAUCUGGGUCUUUGACGGCACACAGCUGGUGAGAGUGAUUCUCUCGCGGCCGCCAGAGGAAGUCUACCAGGAGCAGGAGGAAAUUAUAGCGGAGCUGCGUAAUGCGACACAGCAUCGCAUUAUUGUGGAUGAGAUACGCUUCCAUUUGGACUCGAUUGGUCGCAUUCGUAUGGACUGGUGCGACUUGUAUUUCCAUGCUGUUGAUCCGCAGACACAGCAAAUCGCGCCUGUCGAUGAGAUCCUCAAGGACAUUGACAGGAACUAUGAUUACCUCAAGGAUUAUUACGCUGGAUUUGCAAUUGAAAAUGUUGUGCCCGCUUAUAUAGCUAUUGUGCAGGAUGAGUUUGAUCUCGCCGUUGCUGGCUUGGUGGCUCUGGUCAUAGUGCUCUUCGUAGGCGUAAUUAGCUUCAUUGUGCUGUGCUGUUGCUUGAAGCAUUGGAAUCUCUCGGUACCCGUUGAAACGCGUCGCAAGGAGGCGUUGAUAAAGAAACAAAUUAUCGAAGAUUUGAAUACCACAGAAAAUCCGCUUUGGAUCGAACAAAAACUCAAGCUGUACGAAGAGCAAGAGCUCACCAUGCAGGUAUUUUCAGAGCCUGAUCAUAUAUCCAACUCGGAUGCGCCUGGACAUCUGGAUCAUCGCAGCUCGCUGGAGCAAGUGCAUCAUGGCCAGUCCGUGGACAACACGUAUGCCACCAUCCAGCCGCGCAACAAUCAGAAUCGCUUAACCGCCGGCUCUGGCAGCAAUGGCGGCGGCGGCUCCAUCUCUAUGCGUAGCGGAGGAGCUGGCAGCGCUGGUGGCCUUGGCGGUGCUGGACUGCUGCUGACGCGCAUAGAUCCCCACGUCAAUGAUUUUGCGGAUUAUGCAACGCUGCGCAACAACCGAGCACCAUCUAUGUACGAGUUCACGGGAUCCACAUUUCAGGCACCGAUACGAGAUGGUGACGAUGCCGUGGCCGAGCUUAUUUAAGCAGAAUAAUAAGCUCUCCAUUUGACAGCUGACAGCUAAAUUGUAAAUUAUAUAGUAGCUAUAUCUAUCUAUACAGAUAUUUAGAGAGAACCCCGAGCCCUGCUUAGGUUUAGUUCAACACUGAUCUGAUCUUUUGCAUUUCCUCAGUUUGCAGUUGCGCACAGGAUACACAUUACACGCAUGCAAGAUACAUAUACAUAAGGUAUAUAGCUACAAUAGUAGUCGUAGUAUCUGGUAUGCCAACGAAAAAAUAUAUAGAACUCAAUCGAUUACAAUAUACAGAUAUCACGCACAAUAACUAUUGCUAUUGUGUAAACAUAAUGAAAACAGCUACAAAAUCCCCAUAGUGGAAUUUCUCCCGCAUAAAUAAUGACAAUAAUAUACUUGUAUAUCUCUAUAUAUAUAUAAAUAUCUAUAUAUACAUGCAUGCAUAUAUACGAAUAUAUUACCGAUGUCUAGUUUAAUAUCUAAGCGUUACUAACUAACUAUAUACGGUAAAUAACUCCACUCGAUUAACGAACAACGACGCGAUAUUAGUUUAAUUGACACUGAUUUUGUAUUACGAUUAAGUUAACCGAGUACUCGAAGAAAAGAC